AUGGAGCAAUGGAGGAAUGGCAGACGCGAAUUGUUUGAGCAGUUGACCAAUAUCUGCAAUAACAUCGAGCAGAAUCUUGACAAUGAACUCGUGAACGGAGACAAUACAAUUAUUCGAAAGGAUGAAUUGGAAAAAUUGCGUCUGAAGGCAAAUUCCUUCGAAAUUGAUAGCGAAGAACAUGCUGCCCAGAUCCGAUCGAACGAGAAUUCGCUACAAGAGAAGGGAUUGAGAAUUAAGAUUCUGGAGGAAGAUGUGUCAAGGCUCAAGGAGGAGCUUCGAAUGAACCAAAAUGCGGUAACCAGGGCAGAUAAACUUGAAGAGGAGAAUAGGCAUCUUCUGGAGGGAUUGAAGAAAUACCAGAAUGUGACUUCGAGGGUGGAAUAUCUUGAGGAGCAGAACAAAAAGUUAUCGAUAGAAUUAGGUCAUGCGGCCAUACGAGCAAGAGAUGCCGAGCUUGCUAGUACCGAUAAUGAGAGAUCAAGUUCAUUUGACAACGGGCAAGUACCUUCGAUAGGCCGGCAAUCGAAUUAUAAAGAACUCGACAACGAGCGCAAGCGCAUCAAGGAACAAUGGCUGAUGCAGAAAGAAAGGGCAGAUAAAUAUGCCGAAAUUUUGCGAGAGAAGAAUGCGCAAUUACGUCGAUGGGAAGCGUGGAACAACGAGCAGCAUAUAUCACAUACUGACAAAGCUGACGGAUCUGAAGUACAAGCGCAGAGAAGCCGGAAGUCGAGGUCGAAGUCGCAAGAUUUGGAAGGAAGAAAGCCUACGAUACCCAGCAACCAAGGACAUGUUGAUGUCGCUCUUCAGCAGACCGAAGUUUAUGUAACGAGUCCUAUAAAAGAUCUUCCACCGAAUGAUAACAAUCGACAGUCUGAUGUGGAUGAUCCUGGCCACGAACUUGGUCGAAAUGAGGAAGUAGCUCAUGAGUCUCCACAGCUUCCGAGGCAUGUGCAAAGAUCCCAGCGUGUGGCCAGCACCGGGGAAACUCCGUUUCUGCCCAUUGAACCAGGUAAUUCGAGUUCGACUCAGGAUCCAGAAUCCUCACCAUCUGGUAGUAGGGUGAUUGCUACUGUCGGUGAGUCGAACAUAGAGACGCCCAAGAUACCAUCAUCCGACGAUGCCCCAGAGUUUAUAUCUACUCGCCCAGUGAGGAAAAGAAAAAGGAAUGAGCGUGAACCACAACGAAACCCUUUACCUAAGGUUAAGUUAGAGGAACCUGAGUCCAGUAGCCCGAUCACAGCAAGAAUUCUUCAUGCAAGCGAAAGUCUGGAUUUAGAUGACAUUGGUGACAAGGUUGUCACACCAAGAAAGCGGCGUCGAGCAUUUAUACCAUACAUCGAAGACGUCGAGAACCGAGUUGAGAAUGCGGUGAGUGAUGAUUUGCUACUAGAUGGCAAUAUGAACGAGCAAAACCAAGUCCCUGCACCUGCCACCAUUGGGCAGCCAGGAAGGACAAUGAUCACGCCAGCUAGUAAGAGAGGCAAAAGCUCAGUUGGAAAACCUCUGCGACCACUCAGUACCAACCGUAUACUUCCAAAUACAGUGGACCCUAAUCUACCGACUAAACGUCAACGAAAACCAAGUGCUAGCAUUAGAGGGGUGGAGGAAAUACUCGAAGAUGGAGAGUCAACCAGUCCCGCAAAAACCCCCGUAGCUGCCGGGAAAGGACGCAUUCACUCUGCUGACCUUCUUGAUAAUCUUCUUUCAAGCUCUCCGCCGACAAAAAUCACCGCCUAUCCAACACCGCAAUCUGUAGCCCCAGAAGUAGGAUCGGUAAUACUUCCGCCGUCCAAGUUAUCGACAGAGAUAACGAAAAAUCGCCCUGAGAAGCAUAAGACCUUAGCUACACAGGAUGAUACUCCGGUGCCAGGAAGAAGGACGAUUAUCAGCGACGAAGGAAAUGGGCUGAUCAAAACAGCUUCCAGCCGUCCUCGAAGUGUUAUCAAGAAAGAGACUUCCGGACCAGAACGAAGAGGAUCUGUUGGCGAUGAAGGGCCUGAAACCGCCAAAAAGCCCACUAGCCGUCCUCGAGCUGGUAUCGUGGGAGAGAUUUCUAGACCUUCAUUAAGAGGUUCAAGACGAGGCUCAACAGAGACACCUCGCGAAGCAAGUAGAUCGCCUACCAAAAUUACUCCAAAGUCCAAGCCAGAACCUUUCAGGGCACCGACAACAAGUAAGGGAAGAUCAAGAAGAGGAGCUGGGCGAGAUCUUGACUCGGAUGAUCCAGAACGAGAGCCUUACCGAUUACGACCUGUGACUACGCUAAAACUCGAUCACUUCAAAAUAAAUCCAAACUUCAAUCAAGGUUACGAUUAUGCAUACACAGAAGUAGUUCGUGGUAAGGAUCGUCAAUGUCUUCCGGGUUGUGUUAGAGAAGAAUGUUGUGGUAAACAAUUUGGUGCUUUAGCGCAAGCCCUGUAUCCCAUGAGGGAAAACCCUACAACUUCACAAAAGGCAGAGGAGGAUACACUUCUUGAAGAGUUCUUAGGUGACAACAAACAUAAGAUUUGGACAAUGGGAAAAGAAGAGAGAAAGGAUAGUUUAGCACAAGCUAGAAAAUGGAAAGCAUCCAACACAAUGGGGAAGCAUAAAUCUGUUGUCCCGAGGAGAAGUACACCACCUGGAUUCUGGGAGGCUGAUUUCCCUACUACACAAGAAGACGAGGCAUUCAAGAAGAAGCAAAAGAAAAUAGAGCGAGAAAAGGUAGCCGAAAGAUAUGCGGAAGCAAUGAGGCCCGGAGGUGCGUGGUUAUUCAAAGACGAGUAA